AUGCCUACGUUACUGUGGAUAUUAUAUCUAUCAUCUCACUGUGUGCUAUCAGUCAACGCCUUGUAUGAUUGUCCUCGCGCCGUCUGUGCAUCGUGCCUGCCUACGGAGAUUCACGAUGCUCCGGGGGUCGGCUUCGAUCUAACUCCAUCUUACGGUGGAAGUGUUGUCGAGAUCGCCCGUGUUCAGGGAAAUCCAGAAUACCUCGAGUAUAUGGCGCGUCUUGUCAGCUCACCUGAGCCAGAAGAUGAAACUAAGACUCUCUUUAAACACAUCGCUCAGUGGCUUCCUAUCUCUGAUGUAUGGUCGCGAAAGUGUGGCCGCUGGCUUUACAAACUUGGGUACUCGGCAAAAGAUGGCAUUGAGAUUAUCAGCGAUUUGCUCCGAGAGCUCAAGGAUUUAACUGAGAGGGAAAUACUCUGUGCCCUUGAUAGAGUUGCCGUCACGAUUCCCGACAUAUCGUCACUUGAACAUCAAACAAUAAAUGCCGCUCUCGAGGACUUAGGUCUAAGGACAUGGCUAGGCGACAGUCUCUACUACCCUAGCCGUCUGAUCGAGGCAGACGCUGUUUACGUUGCAAAUGGCUACGGGCUUUGCAAAAACUAUCAGAAUAUCUUCGAGUGUACAGACGAGUUUUACGACCAAUUGUCCUACCCCGCCGUCUUGCUCGUUUCUUUUUCUCGCCAUCUGCUCUAUACAGCUAUCUCAACCCCAAUUAAUGGCGAGGCUUUGGCUAGAGUAACCAAUGAUGAGGCGCAGGUCUUUGAUUUUGAGGUCGGUCUAGAUCGUCUUCUCCAAAACGAUUCCCAGGCACAGCGGGACCGCCUCCGCCAACAAUUAUUAGUGCUACCGCAGGAAUCCGAAUUUAUCGUGACUCACGUUCUUCUGGCUGGCGAGAGCGCAACAAAUCCUCAAUUCUUGGCUGUUCUAAAAGAUGCCCUUUCAGAAUUAUCUCCUAUAAUGUCUCCGGAUUUGAAAAUGACGAUCGCGAAUUCUUCCAAGGCAUUGAAUCCUACAUUUGCGGCUGCGAGGGGUGCGGCACUUUAUGCUCGAAGGCGACAAGAGGUCCAGGCCGACUGCCAGGAACCUCCGGAAUGCGAAAUUAUAAGACGGCAAGAGCAAACGCGCUCUUCCGGGAAACAGGACCUUUGA